AUGUACCUCCCAAAGGUUGAGUAUGGCGAACUCAACAGCAAGGCUAUCCAACCUGUUUUAUCAACAGAAGUCGCCGUCGGCAGCCUCUUGGUAGAGUCAAGAGACUUUCUCUUAUAUUCGCAACUCUACAUCACUAUGUCACUAGGACGGUGUUUACAGUCCCGCGAGAAUCAUGGACGGGACGUGUCUGAGGCUGCCUCGUUCUAUCACCAGAGCAUGUCUCUUAUGAACGAUGUACCGUCAAUUCCAGCCCACUGGGCUGGUAUGGCCAAGUUCCAUUUCUUCCGAGCGAUCUAUUUAAUGCAAGCCGACGACAUGCAGGGCGCAGUACUAGCAAUUUCGACAUCGCUCCAGUACGCCUGGCAGGCCAAACUCAAUGAUCAAACAGCUUCGUCCUCCUGUAAUGCACAAGGGCUUUUGUCACGGAAAAGACUGUGGUGGGCCAUAUAUUGCAUGGAACGACGGCUCUGUCAGAAGAUUGGAAAGCCGUCGGGGAUCUGCGACAAGGAAGUAGCCGUGGACGACCUUGUAUCAAGGGAGCAGUUGGUGGCCUGCCAAGACCUGGAUGUUCUUCCUGAGCAAAUCAGCCAGGAUGACUUACAUCUCCAGAUACUUGUUGAUAUCAGCAGACUAUGGGGCAAAAUUUGGGAUCGGUUCUUCAGGGCCGCACGUCACACCUCCAAUGAUGAUGAAGAGGUGGACAUGAUGGCCCUCCGCAUAUCCCACCUUCAUCGUAACGUUCCCGCCAUAUUCCAGUGGUCUAAGAGUAUCCUGGAUAAUGUCGUUAAGGGUUCUGAGCUAGAACUGCAAACCUCUAGGAGACUAGUGAUUCACGUGCGUUAUACUCUACUGCAGCUUCUAGUUCGCCAAAACCCAACACGAACCGAACUGCUCAACCUGGAGCAGACAAGAUUCUGCCAUAAGCUGGUAUCUGAGGUGGUCGACACUCUCUCCGAAUUUAUCGCCGUAUAUUCGCUCCCGCGAAUUGCCUCUCUAGCAUACUUCAUCGCUUCGUCUCUCACUGAGUGCAGCUACCAUGUUGCUAGAAUCCUUCAUAACCCAAUCUUCAAAGCAGCCCAGCGAGCCUAUGCAAUACUUCAUCCUCAAGCCACGGCUGCUAUUCAGGGCUUCAUGAACUGUGAUGAGAGAGGCGAUGGAUUCGAUGCCUCUGUAUCGUUACCGGAUACUGGGGUUGAAUCUCACUUCCAAUCAAUGUCCGAGACUUGGCCUGGCUUGCCACUGGCCAGUUCCUGCCUGCCGCAAAGCUUUGAAGGUUGCUUGCCAAUCGGUCAUCAAAUCGGAAUAGCAUCACCUGAUCAUUUGAUAGCUGAGACACAGUCUGGGGAUACUACAUUUGGACUAUCAUUCUCUGCAGAUGGCGCAACAGAUAUUGCAGAUAUGGACGAACUGUCAUUUCCGUAUCUCUACUUACCUGACAUUGGGUAG